AUGCAGUGGAAUCCGGGAUUUUUCUACUCGCAAGUGUACUGCGCGAGUUUCCUGGUGUGGAUUACCCCAGGUGUGACUAUCGUGGAUGUUGCCGGCUCUCAACAGGGAAUCCCUCUCUCAGUGGUGAAACUGUGGGCCUCCGCUUUUGGAGGAGAAAUAAAGUCCAUCGCUGCCAAAUACUCAGGAUCUCAACUGCUGCAGAAGAAAUACAAAGAGUUUGAGAGACGAGGCCGAGUGGAGGAAGUAGAUGGCGCAAAACUUGUGAAAAAAGUGGCGGAAAGUAUGGGAGAGAUGUUCCGGAAAAAAAGAGACGCAAUCCAGCGCCUUGUCGAGGCAGCAGAAGAAGCCCACCACCAGCACGAGGAGAACCCAGACCUGCAGUAUGAGUACUUCAACGGGGUGCUGAUAAACGAGGUGGAUGAGGAGGGCCGCAGUGUGGAGCUGGGAGGGGAGUUCCUCCUGGAGCCUAACGACCACUUCAACAACCUGGCCGUCAACCUCAGCCUCAGCGUGGUGCAGGUGCCCACCAACAUGUACAACAAAGAUCCAGCCAUUGUGAAUGGAGUGUACUGGUCAGAGGCGCUGAAUAAAGUGUUUGUGGAUAAUUUUGACCGAGACCCGUCUCUCAUUUGGCAGUACUUUGGAAGUGCCAAGGGCUUCUUCAGACAGUACCCUGGUGUGAAAUGGUACCCAGAUGAGCAUGGUGUUAUCGCCUUUGACUGCAGGAACAGGAAAUGGUAUAUCCAGGCGGCGACCUCUCCUAAGGAUGUGGUGAUCCUGGUGGAUGUGAGUGGCAGUAUGAAGGGGUUGAGGUUGACCAUCGCCCGCCAGACCGUCUCCUCCAUCCUGGACACGCUGGGGGACGACGACUUCUUCAACAUCAUCGCCUACAACCAGGAGAUUCACUACGUGGAGCCCUGUCUGAACGGAACACUGGUCCAAGCCGGCCGCAACAAUAAAGCCCAUUUCAGAGAGCAUCUGGAUAAGCUGUUUGCUAAAGGCCUCGGUCUCCUUGGCAACGCCCUGACUGAAGCCUUCACCAUACUGGAGGAGUUUAACCAGACGGGUCGGGGCAGCAUCUGCAGCCAGGCCAUCAUGCUGGUGACAGACGGAGCUACAGCCAUGUACGAUGACGUCUUCGAGAAGUUCAACUGGCCAGACCGCAAGGUGCGCAUCUUCCCCUACUUGAUAGGACGCGAGUCUGCUUUUGCAGAUAACCUGAAAUGGAUGGCCUGCGCUAACAAAGGCUACUUCAGUCAGAUCUCUACUCUGGCUGACGUGCAGGAGAAUGUCAUGAGAUAUCUACAUGUGAUGAGUCGACCAAAAGUCAUCGACCACGAACACGACAUUGUCUGGACCGACACGUACGCAGACAACACUCUUACGCAGGCAUACAAGUUAAAGGACAGCCGGGGCCUCAAUCCAGUGACCACUGUGGCCAUGCCUGUUUUCAGUACCAAGAACGAGACGAAAAACCAGGGCAUCCUUCUGGGAGUGGCAGGCACUGAUAUCCCUCUCCAGGAGCUCAUGAAAUCUGUACCCAAACACAAGCUUGGCAUCCAUGGUUACGCCUUUGCAGUGACCAAUAAUGGCUACAUCCUCAUCCACCCGGACCUUAGGCCGCUGUAUCAGGACCAGGGCCAGAAGAGGAGGAAGCCGCACUACAGCAGUGUGGACCUGUCAGAAGUGGAGUGGGAAGACACAGAUGAUGUGCUGCGUAACGCCAUGGUGAACAGGAAGACUGGAACCUUCUCCAUGGAGGUGAUGAAGACAGUAGAUAAAGGGAAACGUGUCUUGAAGAUGCACAAUGACUAUUACUACACAGACAUCAAGGGAACACCAUUCAGUGUAGGGGUGGCGCUCUCUAGAGGUCAUGGGAAGUACUUCUUCAAGGGAAACGUCUCCAUCGAUGCAGGCCUUCGUGAUCUUGACCAACAAGAUGUCGCUCUAGCAGAUGAGUGGAGCUACUGCAAUACUGAUGAGCAUCAUGAGCAUCGCUUCCUGACCCAGAUCCAGGCCAUCAAGCUCUACCUCACCAACCGCAAACCACACCUCAAGUGUGACAGGGAGUUGAUCCAGCAGGUGCUGUUUGAUGCGGUGGUGACCCGGCCUAUGGAGGCAUACUGGACAGGCCUCGCCCUCAACAAGUCAGAGAAUUCCGAUAAAGGAGUGGAGAUUGCUUUCCUGGGCACUCGUACUGGCCUAUCCAGGACCAACCUGUUUGUGAACCCAGACCGCCUGACCAAUCAGGACAUCCUGACGGCUGAGGAUGAUGAGGGGGUGUUUAAUGCGGACCACUUCCCCCUCUGGUAUAAGCGCGCCGCAGAGCAGGUGCCCGGAACCUUUGUCUACGCCAUACCAUUCAGCUCAGUAAUGGACAACAAAAGUGUUGUUGUAGCCAGUACCGCUAUUCAACUUCAGGACGACAGAAAGUCACCAAUUGUAGCUGCGGUGGGGAUUCAGAUGAAGUUGGAUUUCUUCCAGAGGAAGUUCUGGACGGCCAGUAGACAGUGUGCAGCUCUGGAUGGCAAAUGCAGCAUUAGCUGUGACAGCGGGGACAUCAAGUGCUACCUGAUAGACAACAACGGCUUCAUACUGGUCUCCGAGGAAUACACACAGAUCGGUCUGUUCUUCGGUGAAGUGGAAGGAGCUGUCAUGAACAAACUACUGCUGAUGGGCUCUUUCAAAAAGAUACCCCUGUAUGACUACCAGGCCCUGUGUAAGGAUUAUACAGGGAGUGGAGACAGCGCUCACACACUGCUGAACCCGUUCUCUGCUAUGAAAUGGCUCCUGACAGAGAUCAUCAUAUUCCUGCUGGAGUUCAACCUGUACAGCUGGUGGAAUGUUGACCUCACUGUCAAAGCUGACAGGCGAGGGCGCACCAUGAUGGUUCCAUGUGAUACGGAGUACCCGGCCUUCGUAUCGGAACGCACCAUCAAGGAGACGGCUGGCAACAUCGACUGUGAAGGCUGCGUGAGGACGUUUGUGAUCCAGCAGAUCCCCAGCAGUAACCUCUUCAUGGUCGUCGUGGACAACAAGUGUGACUGCAGCUCCAUCCCUGUGGUUUCCAUGCGGCCCGUAGAGAUCAUGUAUAACGAGUCUCUGAAAUGCGAUCGGCUGAAGUUCCAGAAGGACCGCAAGAGGCCUACCUCCUGUCACCCCUUCCACCCCGAGGAGAACGCCAGAGAGUGCGGAGGGGCGUCCGGUCUCACUCCCCAGGUUGCCAUGGCAACCCUGCUGUCCCUCCUGGCCAUCCUUAUCACCAGGUGACCACAUCAAGCCCUCCACCAAUCACCAGACCCCACCACAGAAGGGCAGCCUAUCGGAUCACACCGCGCUGAUGACAACGAUCAGAUGCCAACCAAUCAGAGCACACCAUGUUUAUAAUAAUAGCCAGUGAUGGACACCUGUGGCCAGUCGAAGCACAUCAUGCUUGAGCACCUGGUGUUCCUUACCCACCUUGCUGAUGCGCUGCACACUAGAGGAAGCAUAGCACAUCACAGCACACUGUGACCACCAACCAGCCAACUAGCGAGCGCAACAAGGGGAGGGACGGGGGGAGACACAAGACAGCAUUUAACAGCAACACUAUGUAGUUUUGCUUCGUUUCAACCUUACAGUAUUGUUGUUUUCAAAAUGGUUUCUGUGAUUCAUGAACUUGUUACAGGGUGAACGGCCGCUCUUACUUUGUAAUUCCCUACUGCUGUAACUGUGCCAAGUAUCUUUGAAGCAGUGGGCCUGUCUCUUUGUAGUUUGAAUGAGAGGCAAUUCCAUCUUCAACCUGUAGGGAGAAUGAAGAUGGAAAAACUAACAAGUGUUGCUUUAAGUCACUAAAGGCCUUUUCAGACUAGUCCACUUCAGCCAUCAGUG